AUGGCUUCACCCAGCGCUUCUUGUACACUGCAGGGCGGCGCGAGCUCCGCGUCGGGGCCAGCACGUCGCACGCAGACUCCUCGGUUCGAAUGGAUGCAAAGUGGAGAGCGUCUGUGUCUCACGUUUUUCGUGAAGCAUCUGUCUCCUGGGGACGUGCAAUCCAUCGAAUUCAAACCUCGAGAGUUCUGCGUGCGCCUGCUCGUCCCUCCUCUUCCUGCACCCACCGAGGGAGGCGCGCCGGCUUCAGCUGCAACUUGCGGCGAAGAGAAGAAGCUUUACGUUUUCCACAUUGAGCAGCUCUUGGAGGAAAUCGUUCCAGAAGAGUCCAAGUACACGCUCUCGCAGACAAAGAUCGAAGUUUCGCUGAAGAAGAAGCGCGCAGGCUUCCACUGGGCUGCCCUCGAGGCGUCGCCCGUGGGACCGGCCGCGCCUCUGCAGCCCAUCGCGACAGUGGACUCGGCGAAGAAACCGGAGGGAGAGUGCGGGAAGGGCGAGAACAAAGAAGCAGACACGAACGAAAAGUCGAAGCAACCGAUGUAUCCGUCGUCCAAGAAGAAGAUCGACUGGAACCAAGUCGAAAAAGAAAUCGAUGAUGAGUUGAAGGACGACGACAAGGAAGGCGAGGCUGCGCUUCAGAAGCUCUUCCAACAGAUCUACGCAAAUGCGGAUGACGACACGAGGCGCGCUAUGAUCAAGUCAUACCAAACGUCGGGUGGGACGGUCCUCUCAACAAACUGGGACGAAGUCCGAGGAAAGAACUACGAACAGAGCGUCACAGCCCCAGAAGGCCAGGAAGUCCGCCGGUGGACGCAGUCAUGA